AUGACUUCUCUGCCUCCAAUUGAACAUGUACUGUCGAGCACCGCAGACCCCAACAGCCCGCUGGCACAGGCGUUGGCGAUUCUGUUCGAGCCGACGCCGACUCUCUUCUCCGAACUCGUUCCCGGUCUCGUCUCGCACAUAGCAUCGCGUUCCACCCCGAUCACCUCCUAUUCAGAACUCAUAGACGCCUCCCUCGACGUGAUCGCGACGUGGGACGAUGAUCUCAAAGCCCAAUUCAUCGCGGGCCAUCCGCGCAUCGGCGAGGUCAAGGGCUUGUCGCAUCUGAGCGCGAAGGAGCAGGCUGCGACCGCAACGCCGCCGGAGGUGCUCGCACGCCUCGCACAUCUGAACGCGUGCUAUGAGCAUGUAUACCCGGGCCUGCGUUACAUCACAUUCGUCAACGGGCGAUCAAGAGCAGCGAUCAAAGACGAGAUGGAGGGCGUACUGGGUGUCGAGCCGUCGUUGAGUGCUGGCCAGCCGUCCGCGUCCAGCAUAGCAGUUGUGCAGACUGGCACAAAGGAGUGGAAGGACGAGCUAGAAAGAGCAGUGGUCGAUAUAGGUAAGAUAGCACAGAGUAGAUUGAAGGCUUUAGGGUCUACGUAG